CUUCUGAAUCUUCAACAUAUCAAGACAAACUUGAGUUGGGCCAUCCGACACCAAUGAAACAGCCUUUCUUUUUAAUUGAGAAGGGUAAGUCAUUCAUCAACUUGGAAUACUUGAUGUUGGACGAGAACACAGAGAUUUGGUAUGAGCCGUAUGGUCCACUUCCGGCAGAGUUGUUAAGCAAAAUAAAAUCGAUUUAUUUUGCUACUUCACAUCCCAAGUCAGAUGUUUUCUUUGAGAAUUUACAGAAUAUUGAAAACCUCGGUGUUCUCUCUGCUCCUUGGAAAGAAUUAAUUGUCCACAACCACCAAGGAAGUAGUAGCGGGGAAAUACAUGAAGCUGAGACCUUCCCACGUGUAAAGACUUUGUGGCUCAUCGAUAUGCCGGAGCUGAUACAUCUAGGAAUGGAAAACUCCGAACCAGGGGUCCCUGUUUUUCCAAACUUGGAAAUUCUAUGUCUGCAAAAAUGUGGCAGAUUAGAGAAUCUAGCUUCAACUUUGAUAUCCUUUCGGAAUCUAACCAGUUUGACCAUACGGUAUUGUCAUGGACUGCAAUACUUAAUACCUUAUUCUGUGGCUAAGAAUUUGCAGCAACUCAAGGAGUUCGAAGUUGAGUCCUGUGAAAGAAUGGUUGAAAUAGUAGUGAGCAACAGAGAUGAUCCAGAAAAUGAGAUUACUUUCAGUUGCUUGCAACAUUUGAAACUUUUUGAUCUACCAAGUCUGCAAGGAUUUUGCACUGGAAAUUACAUUUUCAAGGUCCCAUCCUUACCGUCCAACAAUUUGAUUGUCGAGAAGUGCCCGUUGAUUGAGUUAACGAUUUCUCUUGAUGGGUUACUCCAAAGUGAUCCAAGACCAGAAAGACUACAAAUAGCAGAGGAAACUGAUGAUGUACAAAAGCUAAGUGAUUCAAAGGAGAAUGAACGUGAUCAAACCGAGCAGCUGGUGAUCACGGAUUCAAAUGUAGAUGUUACAAUUGCAAGACUCUGCCAAAAAGGAAUCCUCAUCUUUUGCCUGGCGUGUUAAGGUUUUCCGAUUGUGUGCGAUUGCAUGUUUGUGUGUUAUUUUCCUCUUCCUUCUGUUUUUUUUUUUAAAGGAAGAAAUAUCAGCCUGGAGAGCAGACUGGAAGGCACUCUGAUAUGUUGGACCACACUACACAUUCCACGGAAAUCACAUUGGAUUGUUCAAAUUUUUAAUGGUUAAAACUAUGCUACUUGGAGUCAAAGGAAAUACGCAUUGGAGAUCCUAGAGGAUGCACGCUUUCUUGGCUUUGGCGUUAUUGUGGUUGCUACUUUCAUUAUACUCAAGUUUUCUUGUUACUUACUCU